GUGACGGGAGGGAGCGGGGAGCCCCGCGGAGGUGGGAGAGAGGGGAAAGCCGUAGCACUGUGCUUCCUCCCCCGCACUGCCUCUGACGAAGAGGAGCGGGAGGGGAGCUCCAAAGCCACUUUGGGUGAUGAACCGCUGCGUGCGGGAGCCUGUGCGGAGCAUCCUCUUGGCAGCUUAAAGCCGGGUGCGCUCCUUCCCUGCUCUGCCCUGGAUGAUUUCCUCUCCUGCCUGCGGCGGGCUCCAGAGCAGCCUCUCCUCGGACGAGACGGCGGCCAGGUCCCCAAAGCGAAGGAAUCGUUCUGAAAUGCAGAAAGACUUGUUUGCUGCUGCAAAUGGGAAUCUGGAAUAACUAUGAAAAACACACUGAAAUAAUUGUGUUUGACUGGAACAAAAUUCUUGCAAAGUCCCCAAGGAUGAGAUUCUGUGCCAAAUCAAUGCUUCUAUCUGACUGGCUCUUUCUGCUCUAUGUGUUAAUGGUCUGCUGUAAAUUGUUGUCCGCCUCUAGCCACCAUCCCCGGGGGCACACAGGCCAGCACCAAGUCAAGCAAGGGACGUGCGAGGUUGUGGCGGUGCACCGCUGCUGCAAUAAGAACCGGAUUGAAGAACGCUCCCAGACAGUCAAGUGCUCCUGCUUCCCGGGCCAGGUGGCUGGGACGACGAGGGCUCAGCCCUCGUGCGUGGAAGCUUCCAUUGUCCUACAGAAGUGGUGGUGUCACAUGAACCCUUGUUUGGAUGGAGAAGACUGUAAAGUACUACCAGACUACUCAGGUUGGUCUUGCAGCAGUGGAAAUAAAGUCAAAACCACAAAGGUAACACGGUAGCAAAGAAUAAGCCUGUGGGUCACUACCAGAACAAUGACAUGUGCAACUGUUGCUUGGCUGUUACACAGAGACCCUUUUUUUUUGUGAUGAUCCCUUUGACUUCAUUCUUUGAACUUGCAAAAUGAGUCAGCAAAAAGGACAAUACUUCUCCUUUCAAUUGUGGCUGCAGCUCCUGGACUUGGAUUUUGCUAUACAGUAUGGUACAUUUUAAUUUCACAUGGGAGAAAAAAAAAAGCAAGGAGAUUUGGCUCUACCUGAAAUGCACCUGGCAUUCCCAAGGAUGUGACACCUGGCAGAAAUUUGUGGAAGCAUAUACUUAAACUUCUGCAGUGCACCGAGGAUAAGACUUUCUUAAUGAUACUAAGAUAUGUAAAAUUGAUUGAAUGAGGUUAGGUCAUGAA